UUCAUUCUGCAUUUCUUCCCCCAAAGCCGUUAAUCAUUAUGAGUAGCAGUAACAAUUCACUGACGUCUUCGCCGGCAAGGUCUUCAAUAUCUACGACGGCGAUUGUCGGCGCUAACGCGACAGCGGCGGCGUCUCUGCCUGUUGACGACUACCACUUCCCCGCCGAUCUCAUAUCAAUUCAAGAUCGAAAGGACGAGGCUCUUCAAGUUCUCAAAACUGAUGUGAUGGUUGCACUCAAUAAAGUGGCUAAAUCGCUUGAUGAAGAUAGUUGGAUGUUUGAUGGACCUCGGUCUCGUAUGCACCUUAUUUCAAGACCAGGUAGUUUUCUUCAGAAGCGGAUAGAUAUAGCAAAAGGGCAGAGUUUUGCACCACCAAAAUGAUGGGAAAAAAAAAAAAAAAAAAAA